ACUUCUAACUCGCACUUCGACCCCAUUAGCGGCCCAAGUUUCUCUCUCCUCCGCUCGCUCUCUAGGGCACAAAAAUUGCUCCGGUGAAAGCGAGCUGAGCAGCGGUGAAGACGAAAAUUCUCUGAUCAGCAGCGAUAAGAACGUAAGAGGCGGCAAUGAGCGCUUCUUCAGAAACCGAUGAUGAUCUUCCACCAUCACAUCAGAACAGGGAUACAAGAGGAGGACGUAUUACAGGGAAUGGAAGAUCAGCUGGUGGUGCUCUUCCAUAUCCCAUUGGACAGAAUGAUAUGGAGACCCAAAUACAUUGGCUUGAACAAGAAGCUUACAGUUCAGUUCUUAGGGCAUUUAAAGCACAAUCUGAUGCAAUUACUUGGGAGAAGGAAAGUCUAAUAACAGAACUUAGGAAAGAGCUGAGAGUAUCUGACAAGGAACAUAGAGAAUUGUUAACUAGAGUUAAUGCAGAUGAUAUCAUAAGGAGAAUAAGGGAGUGGCGGCAGGGAGGUGGUCCGCAAUCUGGAUUGCUAAAUAAUGCUCAGCAUGCUCAUGAUUCCAUACCUAGCCCCACUAUUUCAGCCUCUCGGAAGAGGCAAAAGACAUCCCAGUCAAUUCCUUCUCUAUCUCUUGAUGCGCCCGCCUCUGUGAUGCACACACAAACAGUUACUGCACCAUCAUCUUCUGUGGCAACAAGAGGAGCUCCGUUAGGUUCCAAGGGAAAGAAGUCUAAAUCUGGUCAGACAUUGACAGGUGUAUCAACAAUGAAGUCCUUGCAGAUCCCUUCUCUUGGACCAAGUGGAAAGGGACAGGUGACUAAUAGAAAUUCUUCCGUUGCACUUGCUUCUACAGAACCUGCUGCAGCCCCAGUAUACAAUCCACUCAUUGGGAGGAAAGUAUGGACCAGAUGGCCAGAAGACAAUAACUUCUAUGAGGCUGUUAUCACUGACUACAAUGCACUUGAGGGUCGUCAUGCUCUUGUUUACGACAUCAACACGACGAACGAGACAUGGGAAUGGGUCAAUCUCAAAGAGAUUUCCCCUGAAGAUAUUCGAUGGGAAGGUGAAGAUCCUGGUAUAUCUUGGCGCUCAGGUGCUGGGAUAAAGAAGCCUUUGGGCCAAAGUGGCGCCGUUCCAGGUGCAGGAAGGGUUAGAGGUUCCCUGAAGAGUCAAUCCAAUAAAGAUUUGGCUCCAAUGAAUGGCCUCGUGAAGAAGAAUUCUGACGACAUUGAGAUACUCCACACAGAAACUCUAAUAACAGAGGUGGAGAAGGUAUUUGCUGCAAGUCAUCCUGAUCCUCAUGAAGUUGAGAACGCAAAGAAGACACUCAAAGAGCAUGAGCAGGCACUUAUUGAUGCAAUUGCCAGGCUUAAUGAUGCGUCUGAUGGCGAAAGUGAAGGGGAACAUCGGCAGUGGAAUCAACAUGGAGCUAACUAUCAGGAUCAAAUGGUUGCUGGUGGUUACUAGCAAGUCGGUGACGGCUAUGGAAUACCAAUAUUUCAUUGAUCGUCACAUUUUAACUACAAUUUCUAGACGAACCUUGUCGCGCUAUAGAUCUCCAUUGUACUUUUUGGUUUAGCAUGUUCAGGAUAUUAGAGGGGUUUUGAGCGUACUACAAUCCCCAUUAAGUAUACAUCUGUAAAAUUAUUCAGUCAACAGAUAGUGCGUGUGUAGAAUUCAAUUGUUGUAAACAAACAGACUUGCGCAACCAAGGAAAUGUUAAAUUUGUAUCGGUA